AUGUUUUCAGUUUUUUCAAUUGUAUUUGUAUUCUUGAUCGUGAAUAACUCAUACAGUAGCCCAAUUUAUAAUAUUGAUAAUGCUACUGAUGUUGAUGAUUCCGAGUCUCAAUUUCAUCUUGCGUGUAAUGAAAAUAGUCUAUCAACUGACAAUAAUACUUUGUUCGAGCUUCUAAAUAACAAUCGAUAUUGGUUUGUAUUAGCUCGGAGUAAGGUGAUCUAUGGUGAUCAAACAUGGAACAAUGUUCUUAUGCAAACUUCAACCACAACAAAUGAUACAAUCUAUUUAGAAUUUAUUGGAGAGAAUAGCAAUGGUUCUUGUGUUAAUUCCGAAAAAGUUCAGAUUGGAUCAAGUACACAAUCAAAUCGAGUGUCUGCUCAUUGGUCAAAUGAUACAGGAUUUCUUGAAAUGGUUUUUAUUGAUCAAACUAUGAUACAUUUAAUUCUGUGCUAUUCAAUCGAGUCUCAUGAAACAAAUGUUUGUGCUCAAAAGCAAAGUGAACAUUUUUUUAUUCAAAAUAAUGAACAAGAACAAGAACAAGAAAAUGAUACAAUGUUACAAUUAAAAUCUCAUUGUUUUUCGAUCAAUUUAGACGAUUUCGUUGUUAACGAUCACCCAAAAAAAUGUUUACCCAUUGUUUCUGAACGAGAAUCGGCUAGUCAUGAUUCUGUAGAAUCAUCAAACGAGACUAGCAGUGAAAAAAAUGUUCAAACAAAUGAUUCACAAGUUAUAGAACAAGAAAAUAUUACAGAGAGAUCAAUUUCUAAAUCUGAUUUUACUAUACGUACAAAUCGAACAAAUCGAUUGGAAGUUCUAGAAGAAUAUUACAAUAAUAUGACUACAAAUUCGACGAAUGAAGAUCAAAUCGAAGAAAUAACACCAAUCAAAAUAAAAAAUAUUAUUGUACUUACAAAAGAUAUGUCAUCUAGUGAAUCAUCAGAUCAAACAAAUUUGACUAGUAUCGAGCAAAAUGAAAUUGUUACAAAUGAAACAACUAAUGAAUCAGUUCCAUCAGUUAUUCUUCACAAAGUACUUAUGGCUGAAACAACAACAGAAGUUUUACCAGAUAAUUCAACAAUGACCCAAAGUUUAUUGACUCGGCCAAUGGACAAGAACGAGUCUACUACUGAAAUCAAUAUCGAUACUAUCACUUCGGUUAAUCUUUCGACAACAUAUGUGCAUCCAACUAAUGAAGAUGAACAUUUAAAUAAAUCAAUAAAAUCAGUUCAUAUCGAAGAAUCUAUUAUUUUGGUCAAUGUAGACUAUGAAAAAAGUACGGCUAUUAUUGAAACUACAAUCGAAGUAACUACUACUGAAGCAACAAUAACAACAACAUCUGCUGUUCCAGCUGAUUGUCUGGUUCUAAGUGAUUGUCCAUUUGACCAUUGUGCAUUUGCUCGAAAGUUUGAUAGCCAUGGAUGCCCAACAUGUAAUUGCUUGAAGUCAAAUAAACCAAACAUAAUCUGUUCAACAUUAACUUGCCAAGAAUGUUUAUAUGGACAUUAUACUGAUUCUUAUGGAUGUCCGACUUGCCAAUGUCAAAGUCGUCCAUAUCCACCAUUAGGUGAACGUUGUCCACAAUUAAAUUGUGAACCGUGCUAUUUUGGUACAGUUAAAGAUGAAUUUAAUUGUGAUACAUGUAUAUGUAUUCGACCUAAUAAUCAAGAAUGUCCAGCACUUAAUUGCACAUUUGGAUCAUGUAAGUAUGGUUCGAUUAAAGAUGAAGAUGAUUGUCCAACUUGUGAUUGUGUAUUACCAAAAAUAAAUGCAACUGAAUCUAAUUGUUCUACUACUAUUUCAUGUUCACCAUGUCAUCUGGGCUAUGUAACUGAUGCUGAUGGGUGUCAAACAUGCCGAUGUAAAUUUCGUGGUAGUGCUCCUUGUGCCUCAAUUUCAUCUGAAUGUCAAUGUGAUUAUGGAUCGUAUUUAAAUUCGGAUGGAUGCGAAACAUGUUCUUGUCUACCUGAUCCAAAAAGUGCUUCACGGCAAGCGUGUUGGGAAUUAUUGAAUGAAGCAAAUUUUUAUAAUACAUCUGGACCGAAAUGUGCAUCAGAUGGAUCAUUUUAUGCACGUCAAUGUGAUAAAUCACAAUCGAAAUGUUGGUGUGUUACACCGAAUGGUGUUCAUGUUAGUGGAUUUGAAUCACAACCUGAAGAAAACGUUAACUGCGGUUGCGCAGUAGAAUUAUAUCAAGUAUCAAGCCUUCGUAUGAUUGGUCAUCAUUUAUUGUGUUUACUAAAUGGAAAUUAUGCUCCUAUUCAAUGCGACGGUCGUUAUUGUUCAUGUGUUGAUGAAAAUGGUAAAUUGAUUGGACCAACUAUACCUUUUCAAAAUCGUGAUCAACUUCGAUGUGUCGGUGUUUUUCAGCAACUUCAUCCAGAAAGAUUUUUAUUACACCGAGCUAUUAUCGAACAGUCUGAUCGAACUCGAUAUCCGUAUGGAAUAUCUUCAUCAUUGUGUUUAACGCAUCUCGAACAAGUUCGCAAUACAAAGAUAAUUGAUGAUCAUAUUCUCAUUCCGGUAUGCGAUUCUACUGGUUUAUAUGCACCUGUACAAUGCGAUCAAAGUGAACGAUAUUGUUGGUGUGUUGAUAAGAAAACAGGUGUGGAAAUGGAUGGAACACGCCGACUUAAUGCUCGACCUAAUUGUAGUAAUAUCUAA